AUGGAGACUAGAAUAGUAAGGGUUGCCCCUAGCAAGGGCACUCAGCUCGGUCGUUUCGAAGCUUCAACCGGCGCUUCAAAGGUCGAGGAAUGGCGCAUCUUGCCUGAAGCAAAAGACGCCGUCGCCGCCCUCGAGGACGCCGCCCAGUAUCUCAAGACCAGCGACACGCCCGUUGCUUUCCCAACAGAGACGGUCUACGGCCUCGGCGCCGAUGCCACUCGCAGCGGCUCCGUCAAGGGCAUCUACGCUGCAAAGGGCCGGCCAUCGGACAACCCGCUCAUUGUGCACGUUGCGGAUCUUCACAUGCUGCGGGAGCUGCUAGGCAAGAAGAGCGAUGACCAGGAUGCCAUUCCGAGCAGGUAUCAGACGCUGAUAGACCGCUUCUGGCCCGGUCCCUUGACGAUACUGCUGCCUAACCCGCAGCCUUCGAAGCUAGCUCCGGAGGUCACCGCGGGACUCACGACGUUUGGCGCCAGGAUGCCGUCGUCGCCGUUGGCUUUGAGUCUUAUCAAACUGGCUGGAGUGCCUUUGGCUGCGCCCUCGGCAAACGCAUCUACCAAGCCGUCGCCCACGGCAGCGCAGCACGUCAAAGAUGAUCUAGACGGGCGAAUUGAAAUCAUUCUCGAUGGAGGCCCUUGCCAGGUUGGCGUUGAGAGCACCGUCGUGGACGGCCUCUGCGAGCCCCCUGUGGUGCUGCGUCCAGGAGGCAUCGGCAUGGAAGAGCUGCGGAGUUGUCCGGGCUGGGAGAACGUGGUCAAGGCCUACAAAGACCACAGCGAAGAAGGGAAAGCGGCCCCCAGGGCACCGGGGAUGAAGUACAAGCACUAUAGUCCCAAGGCAAGGGUGGUGCUCUAUGAGUCUACGUACAAGGAUGGUUCCGCUGGUGUCUUGCCGUCCGACAUUGAAGUUACAGGCGCUACAGAAAAUGGUGAGGCUCGGAAGACCAACGGCCAUUUAUCAAAGAGAAUAGGCGUCAUCCGGACACAGCGGUGGAAGUCAGGGGCGGGUCUUGAGUGCGGCGCUUUACAACCUGCCCCCGUCAACCCAGAUGCUCAUGAUGACGAGUAUCUCAAUCCCGCGUAUCAAGUAUACAAAGGAGAUCUCAAGAACAGUCAGGGAGAGGUCAUUGGCGAGCUUUUCGACAUAGACCUGGGACAGGACACCAAGAGGAUAGCUCAGGGGUUGUUCUCUGCUUUGCGGGAGCUAGAUCGACGAAACAUAGACACGAUAUUUGUAGAUGGCAUAGAAGGCGAGCUGGAUAUCGCCGCUGCCGUCAUGAAUCGCCUGCGUAAGGCGGCUUCGGAGAUACGAUCAUGA